ACAUAAUGAUUAGAGCUCACAAGCCCUUCCUGUGACAUGAAUGUAGGAGUCAGGAUUACAGCCGGCUGCUGGAGCCAGAGCAGGAGCUCUGCUGAUGUUGGGAGGAGGGAUCCAGGUGGGGAAAUGAGACGAAACACAAACAAGCACAACUGAACAACAAGUGCAGCUUAAAGAAGAGAGAAAGUUGUGCUUCCAAGGAGGCCAAGAAGAGUGUCCAAUUGCUUCCCAACUCCGGGAGCUGACUGGCAUCUGGACCCCGACUCCGGCCAUCUGUCGCUGGCCGCCGACAGCCUCAUCCCGGGCAGCUGGAGCAUUUCUCUGACUCUUAAUUUGAUGGAGUGGCUGGUUGCACCAGAGGAGGGGAACACAGGGAGGCUGGGUCACCCUGCAGAGUGUGUGAAGGAUGGGGCGCGCAGCGUGGAGAAUUGUCUCAACCAAACAUGGGGUACUUCUGCGUCUUUUUGAAUCGGACAGCGCUGAGCGAAACGAAGGAUCAUAAUCGGGAGGAUUCUUCUCAAAUUUAACAUGGCUGAAGUUUUAAGGCUGUCUGAAGUCUCAGGGGUGAAAUGUAAAUAACUGCUCUGUAAUCUGAAAUCUAUCAUCUGACCUGAAAACAUUCCUGUCUCAACUUUAUCCUGGAACAAUUAUGGGGGAAACCAUGAUUUAAUUUCUAACUCUGACACCUGCUCACCUCCAUCACUUCUUCACUUCCUCCUCCUGCUCCUCUUCUUCAUCCCUCCUCCCUUUUAACCAGCGAGUGAUAAUGUGACCUUCUGCCAAAGUGCUGGAAACCAUGCCACCGUCGCAGCGGGCUCGACUGUUGCUGCUACUGAAAUAGACUCAAACAAGUGCAGGGGGAGGAAGAGGAGGGAGGAAGGGAGAGGAAGAAAAAGAACGAAGAGGAAGGAUAGGAGGGGAAGGAAAAAAAACGUGGGGAAGGACAGCUGAAGCCGAGGACACGGGAUGAGUGGUGAUGAGCCAGAGCUGGAUGUGAGCUGCCGCCGCAGGCAGUAGGUGACUGAGAUGGGCCUUCGUCUGGGCAGUUGGAGUGACUCCCUGUGGUGGCCGCCACCGCUGCCGCUGUUGCUGCUGCUGUUCUGCACAACCCCCUCCUGUUUGGGCCGGCCCUUCGGGUUCCCCGUGCCCUCUGUGAAUGUAGCGGUGGUGUUCAGCGGCCCGGCCUACCAGACGGAGAUAAAGGGGCGCUUGAGCCGGGAAAACUUCAUGGACCUGCCGCUGGAGGUGAACCCCAUCACUGUGCUGGUCAACAACACUAACCCACGCGCUCUGCUCACCCGGAUCUGCGACACCCUGUCAACUAACCGGGUCCACGGCGUGGUGUUUGAGGACAAUGUUGGCUCUGAGGCUGUGGCACAGAUUCUGGACUUCAUCUCCACACAGACAGCCGUGCCCAUUGUGGGUAUCAGCGGCGGCUCUGCAGUGGUCCUGCCAUACAAGGGUGAAGGUUCCAACUUCCUCCAGCUGGGUUCCUCCAUUGAGCAGCAGAUUAACGGCAUGUUCAAGGUGAUGGAGGAGUACAACUGGGACAGCUUUGUGGUUAUAACCAGCCUGUACCCGGGUUACGAAGCCUAUGUGGAUUAUGUCAAGUCCUUCACAGACACCAGCUACUUCAUGUGGGACCUGCAGGACGUGUUAUCCUUCGACAUGUCAGCUGACAGCACCAACGACAUACGAGCACGGAGGCUGCUGCAGCAGAUUGACGCCCAGGUCCUGUUGGUCUACUGCUCCCACGAAGAGGCACAGUACCUUUUUUCAUUAGCAACCGAGGUUGGGCUAAUAGGACCGGGCUACAUCUGGAUUAUCCCCAGCAUGGCCGUGGGAAACCCAGACAUCCCGCCACCUGACAGCUUCCCUGUGGGGUUGAUCAGCAUCAUCACAGACCGCUGGAGGAUGAGUCUGAGGAAGAGGGUGCGGGAUGGGGUAGCUAUUGUAGUUAAAGGUGUCCAGAGCUUCAGGAAGCAGAGAGGCUUCAUUCCUGAGGGCCACAGCGACUGUCACAACCCCGUCAAACAAUCUGCCAUCAACGAUACGCUGUUCAGACACAUGUUGAAUGUAACAUGGGAGCACAAUGACUUCUCCUUCAACAGUAAUGGCUACCUGGUGAACCCAGCCAUGAUAGUCAUCACUCUGGACAGAGAGAGACAGUGGGACAAGGUAAGCUUUGUGCUCAUUUCCCAGAAUCUUCUCUUCAAAAUAACUUAUGUAAUGAGUGUUUCAGCUCAUAAAACGGGAAAACAGAGGUACUCUGCAGCUGUAGCCCAUUGGCUCUGGAGCAGAAGAUGGACUUUCCUCAUACCAAUGAAAGAACUAAUGGAGCAUCGUCUCCCUCUCACACAUGCUUCAUUCACAUACACUUAGACACACAGUCUCCAA